UAACGCCGCAAGUUUCGGAUGGAUGAACGCGGUGAGAGGACUUUGGGUGUUCUUUGUGUUGUCGUCUUUUUUUCCCCUUCUCCUCCAGUGCGUUGCUCGCACACGCCGAGCCACUGGCUCCGCUGAGGCACCCAACCCUUGUGUUGUCAAUGGAUCAAGCCCUGUGUCAUCAAGCUUCUACUCGCCUCAUGAAGAGCGUGCGGAGCUCCUCCGUCGUUGCAACAUGAGAGACUCGCACACAGGUGCCACCGUGGUACAGGGAUAACAACCACAGCCAGAGAAAGAAGACCAGGAGAAGGGCCGUUGUGACAGCGGGGACCGAGGACCUUACGCUUUCUCCUCCGAAGGGGAGCCGUGCACGGACCUCCGGCGGUCAUUUAAGCGCAAAAAAAAAAAAAACCUGAGGGCUCGGACCCUUAACCCUCAACCCAACCUCCCCCUUGCCGACCCAAUCGCAUCCCCCUCCCUUUCCCUUCCCCUUCCCGUUCCCGUUCCCAUCCCAUCCCUCCCAUGGGCUGUGGGGAUGGCGGAUUUAGCCAGCCGGCACUUGUCUGUGGAGGUCAGCUGAAGACGACACCGCGCCGCUAAACCUGGAUUAGCCGUCCGAACGAGUUUCAAUGCUCCUCCACGUUCUAAGAUGAAGUUAUGGAAAGGUGCUACUUUUGCCUUCAUGCUCUGUGGUGCAGCACUGUCCGUCCUCCUCACUAGAAACAUGGCUCCCGUCAGGCAGUCCAAGCUCAGGACUAAAUACCCCAGCAUGUCGUCCUCCUCCUCCUCUUCCUCGCGUGGAACGCCGUCCGUACUCCCGUCCACGCGGGCCAGCCCGGCGCUGGCGCCCUACUCUUCCUCGUCGGCCCUUUCGUCCUCCAAGACGGCGUCCGGCGAAGCGCUGGACCGGAGGGCCCGGUCGGCCGACAGCGGACACUCGCUCCUCUCUGAGUUCUCCAGGCUGUUCCAGAGCUUCACCGAGGGUGAGCUGCGGCAGGUCGUGAGCACCCUGCUAGACCGUAAGGACCGCCGGAGCCGGCGCCUGGAGCAGAACCAGGCCCGGAGGACGAAGCGGGCGCGGAGACCCAAGCCCUGCUCACUGCGGGAGCUGGAGCUGACCGUGAGCGAGCUGGGCCUGGGCUACGAGAGCGACGAGACCCUGCUGUUCCGCUACUGCAGCGGCAAGUGCCUGGACCACCGGCGCAACUACGACAUCACCCUGGAGCGCAUGCGGCGCUCGGGCUUCAGCAAGAAGGGCCGCAGGGACAAGGUGAGCAACGGCCCCUGCUGCCGGCCGGUGGCCUACGAGGAGGACAUGUCCUUCCUGGACAACAACAGCCGCUACCACACCAUACAGGAAGUGUCGGCGCAGGCGUGCGGCUGCGUAUGA